AUCGAUGAAUUUAGAGGGGUUCUACUGUGCCUAUAUCGCUCUCCCUUUGUUUGCGACGCAUUUUGCACUGCUGCCGGCCCCCAGGCCCCAACGCACACCCCCUGCCACUACCCUGCUCUGUUGGCGUUGCCCUGCUCUGUUGGCCGGCGUCAGAGUAUAAAAGUUGCCGGCCGGCAAGCGUUUGUCAUCAGUUCCAAGCUGUCAGCCUUGUGGAAAAUAUUCACUGGUUACAUUUUUGAAGCAGGAAAGCUAGAAGCAAUCCAAAACAAACAAAAACUCAGCCAACCAAGCUAUAAGCCCAAACAAAGAACUACGAUUUUCAUCAUCAGAGGAAAACCAGUAGAGAUCAGAGCAGCCAUGAGCGAGUUGGCCAAGUUGCAGAACCAGGAGCAGGAGCGCGAGGUGCUCGACUGCGACAUCGAAUUUGAGGAGGAGGAGCCCCAGACCUCGGCGGAUGCGGCGGCUAAGCAGCAGAAGGACAAGCGUGUCAGGAGCGCCAGGUCCGACAAGCUCUUCAGCAAGGCCAUCAAGAAGGUGAGCAAGGUGCAGCGCAUGCUGGAGCAGGCGGUGAUCCUGCUGGCCGAGGAGGAGGCGAAGCAGGUUGCUAGCUCCAAGGACAAGAAGAAGGACAAGAAAAAGGCGAAGAAGCAGGCCAAGAAGCUGGCCAAGAAGGAAAAGAAGAAGGCCAAGAAGCAGAAGAAGGACCAGGCGGAGACCAUUGAAGUCGAUCUGUUGGACGAUGACUUGGAAGACGAACCCAUCAAAGCUCCUCGCUCCCGGUCUUCCAGCGUCAGCUCGAACAGUUCCAGUAGCUCCUCAAGCUCCAGCUCUAGCUCAAGCUCCAGCUCCAGCUCAAGCUCCUCGAGCUCCAGCGACUCUUCGGUGGAUGAGCUUGGCUAUGGCUGGCGGCGUCAUGGACGCAAGCAUGGUCAUGGCCACGGCCACAAACAUGGACAUGGACAUGGCCAUGGUCGUCGUCACGGCAAAGGACAUGGACCCCAUGGUCACCACGGUCGCCAUGGUCGUCAUGGUCACCACCAUGUGAGACCCCAUCACUUUGGACCCCAUCACUUCGGUCCCCAUCACUUUGGACCUCAUCGCUUUGGGCCUCACCACUUUGGACCCCAUCACUUUGGGCCCCACCACUUUGGACCACACCACUUGGGUCCCCAGUUCGAACGCUGGCUGGAUGCCUGCCCCGACCAGUUGCAGUUUUUUCGGUGGCUGGGCCUUCCGCAGGCCCCUCUACAAAUCGCGGACCCACGCCGGAGGUGCCGAUCGCUGUCUAGAUCGCAUCAUGGACAUCACGGAGAUCAGGGAUUCGAGUUCAGGGGAUUCCACGGACACGGACACGGACAUGGCCACAAGAGUCGAUCACAUGACCGUCGAGUGAGGCGCUCGUCCUCCUCCUCCUCCAGUUCUUCGAGCAGUUCUAGUUCCAGUUCGAGUUCGGAGAGUGAGCCCGAGACCCGGAAGAAGCAUAAGCAACCUCGCAAGAAGAGCCACAACCGUUCUUCGUCUUCAUCGAGCUCAAGCUCGAGUUCCAGUUCGGGUGAAGAGAAGAAAUGCGACAAGAAGUCCAAACGCGAGACCCGUAAGAAGCAUCCUCGCAAGAAGAGCCACAACCGCUCCUCGUCUUCAUCGAGUUCCAGUUCGGGUGAGGAGAAGAAAUGCCACAGGAAGUCCAAAGGACAUCAUGGCCACCACGGAGGGAUUCCCCAUCAUGGCCACCACGGUCACGGACCUGAUAGACAUGGACCAUGGGCCCACGGCCCAAGGAUCGGACACGGGCCACAUCAUCAUCAUGGAUUCUUCGGACCAACUAACCGUGAUGCCCCUUUUUUUCCCGGACCUUUCGGACACCCAUUUGAACCACGACUUGGCCCCAUUGAUCCCGUUGGACCUCCACCGCCACCACCAACCUUCCCCGGAAACCCAGUUCGGUUUUCGCAAGACUGUGACAUCCGUUCCGAGUCGCAGAAGAGAUGCAAGUCAAAGGGCGAUAAACAAUGCAAGAAGGGAAAGAAGCACCACGGCCAUGGAAAGCACUAAGCUCCGAGAUGCUCCUUCAUCCAUAAUCCCACUAUAACAUCAAAAAUUGUUUGAAAACUUUAUAUCGUAUUCCCAAAAAAAGCUUUACUAGUUUUUAGUUACCAGGCAUUUGCCUACAUCUAUAUUCCUAUUAUGAUAUUCACAUACCACAAAACUAUAUAACCAACUGAAAAAAUAAAAAA